UGCAGAGCCCCCUCCCUCCUCUGCAGGGGUAGCUGGGCCAGGGGCUGGGGCAGGCAGGGAACCGGGGCAGGAGGAACAGCCGCCGCUGGGGCCAGUUCAUUCUCCUGGGAGACCCAUGGGCAUAAUCUGUUUAAAUGAUUUCUAAGAGACCUCGGACCCCCGGCAACAGCUACACCUCGGGGUGCUGCGGGAGCUCAGCGUUCCUCGGGGGACCCCCCUGGCAGCACGCCUAGUCACCCAGGAGCGAGGAGUUGCACCUUGUGUGUGUUGCAUACUUAGAAGGAGGCUUUACCCUACUCGAGGAGGCUUUAAACUAGUGUUAUCACACCUUCACCAUGAAUCGGUACUUGGACGAAUCCAACUUCAUGAUGGUGGAGGAGGGCUUCACCACCAGAGACCUCCUGGAGAACCUCCUCGUGGAGCUGUGCCAGGAGAGCGACCAGCAAGCCUUCUUCAUGGCAGACCUUGGAGACAUUGUGAAGAAGCACCUGUGUUUCCUGAAGGCCCUGCCCCGUGUCAAACCCUACUUCCCAGUUAAGUGCAACGGCAGUGAAGGAGUGAUCCGGCUGCUGGCUGAGCUGGGGGCUGGCUUUGCCUGUACCAACAAGGCAGAGAUCGCACGGGUUCAAAGCAUCGGAGUCCCAGCUGACAAGAUCUUCUACAGCAGCCCCUGCAAGCAGGUUGCCCACAUCAAAUACGCAGCCAGCCACGGUGUGCAGCUGAUGACCUUCGACAAUGAGGUGGAGCUGAGCAAGGUGGCCAGGAGCCACCCUCGUGCCAGGGAGGUGUCUGGCAGCAUUGCUGGAAUGGGGGGCUGGAGCAGGAGGUGGGGAGGUGGCUGUGGGGUGACAGAGGGCCCAAAAAUGCCCCAACACAGUGUGGCUUUGCUCUGCAGGAUGUUGUUGGGCGUUGCUGCUGACUCCAGCCCUUCUGCCCAUCCGAGCAUGAUGUUUGGGACCACACUCAAGUCCUGCCGGCACCUGCUAGAGACAGCGAAGGAGCAGGCUGUGGAGGUUGUUGGCAUCAGCUUUCACCUUGGGAGCCGCGGUCUGGAGCCCCAGACCUUCGCUCAGUCUGUGGCUGCGGCGCAGCUGGCCUUUGAGAUGGGCAAAGAGCUGGGCUACCGGAUGCACCUCCUGGACAUCGGAGGGGGAUUCCCUGGCACUGAGGACACCAGAGCCCGGUUCGAAGAGAUGGCUGCCGUGAUAAACUCUGCCUUGGACUUGUAUUUCCCAGACGGCUGCGGGGUGGAGAUCGUUGCGAGACCCGGGCGAUACUACGUCACCUCCGCCUUCACCUUCGCUGCCAGCGUCACUGCCAUGGAAGAGGUUCCCACUGAGCAGCCUGGCUCUGAUGAGGAAGAACCUGACAGCAAGAGGAGCCUCGUGUAUCACCUCAGCGACGGCAUCUACGGCACCUUCAGCUGCCUCUUGUUCGACAGCCCCUGCCCCAGACCUCAGCUGCACAAGACACCCUGCCCAGAGCCCCCCUCACUCAGCACCAGCCUCCGGGGACCCCCAGGACACCCCGAGGACCACAUUGCCGACGGCCUGGACCUGCCCCAGCUGCAGGUUGGGGACUGGCUGAUUUUUGAGAACAUGGGUGCCUACACCAUCGCAACCUCCGCCCCGCCAGGGGGGGGUCCCCAGCCACACGUCACCUAUGCCAUGUCCCGCCUGGCCUGGAAAACCGUCCAGCUCUUCCAGGGAAAGCCGCUGCCAACAGAAGACGACCGGGAGAGCGUCUGUGCCCCACUGUCCUGCGGCUGGGAGAUGGCGGAGGCGCUCUGUGUCCCCCCGGUCUUCGCUCCUGCUGGCAUCAUCUGAGCAGUGCCGGUACCGGGGGGGUCACCCCACUGCGCUCUCCCAGGGUGGGGCCCGCGGCGAGGACUGGGAAAUAUGUGCCAUAAAUCCCGUUCCUCCUGCCCGUGGGGUGUCCUGUGCCCACUGACGGGGGGUGGGUGGCGCCGAGCAGGUUUGGGUUCUGUUUUUUUUAAGAUUCAUGGUAAUAAAGGGGUGUCCGGCACCACUGGGGGGGCUCCGUGGGAGGAAGCCCCCAGCUCUUCCUCCCAGCCCGGUGCCGGAGCAUCCGUCUGCCAUCAGCAGCUGCGUAAUGAGGCUUUGCUCGUUAGGGAAAGUGGGGCCAUUCACCCAAAGCUUGGAUGCUGUUCAGGCAUCCGGAGGGACA